CACUGACCAGAAAGAUCGGUGGCGCGCGAUCGGAAAAUCUUGCGUGAUCGCAUUUUCUUACUGCAUUUGGGGGAAAAUUCGGCGAUUUUUUUCAGGAUAUGCAACGGAUUGGGGUUAGAAAAUGAAAAACUUUUCGCGUUAGAUCCGUUGAAGUGUUUUCCGGCAAUUUUCGAGAUGGGUGUUUGAGAAUUUUUUUUUUGUGAACUUGGUGAUUUAAUUGGAUUGGAAAAUGAUUUGGAAGACCUACUUCAUGUUGAUAUUCUUAUUAGAAGGAAUACGACUUAGCAGAACCCUGAAAAAGAUGACGAUGAAUGUUCCUAGAGCUGUCAGAGUUGGCCAUUCCGUCACGUUAGAAUGUGAUUAUGAUUUGGAGGGAGCGCCCCUAUAUUCAGUGAGGUGGUACAGGGAUAACAAUGAAUUCUACAGAUACGUUCCUAAAGAGGCUCCACCCACCAGAGUGUUUCCACUUCCGGGUCUUCAUGUAGAUGUAUCUGUAUCUGAUGACCACAGAGUAACACUGUUAUCAAUAGGCCAACCAAUGGCAGGAAUGUUUCAAUGUGAAGUUUCGGCAGAUGCUCCUUCUUUCCACACAGAAAUGAUGGUGGCACCAAUGACAAUAGCAGUUGUGCCCGAUGGCGUGCCAGUAAUCACGGUGGACAAGUCCAGUCUGGAGCAGGGAGGGCCGCUUGUUUCCGAAUGCUCAGCUCCCGCCUCGUUUCCUGCCCUCAACCUCACGUGGUACGUCAACGACCAGAGGAUCGAUUUUCAGGUGCCUGGAUCGACGUCCUACUGGACAAAGAAGGAGGCCAAACUAGAGAAGUCUUUCAGCAGGCUGGAGCUGACAGGAGUUGGUGGAAGCUGGGGCGCCAUUCGGCUACGUUGCGAGGCGAAUCUAUUCAAGUUAUUUCGUGCCAACAGUUUGGAAAUCGCUGUUAAACCGGAUGUUCCUCAGCCAGCCUCCGUACUGCUCAUGGGAUCCAGCCAAACUAUUGGUGAUCUAAGAGUUUUCUACAAGUGUAUGCUUUUCUUCCUGAUGACGGCUGUGUUAAUUAGAUAACUGUGUUAGUGUUGAAAUUGAAGAAAACUGGAUGUGACAAUCGGACUAUCAAGGACUAAUAAGUAUCAAACAAAUGUAAAUAGAAUGAAGAGAUGUCAAGACAGUGAUGUGAAUAUUGUAGGAUAUGGAAAUCAUUGCCAUUCGUUACAUUCCAUAGAACUCUAAAAAUAUUGAUGUCAUAAAAAAAAAUUACGAUAUAAGUAUGAUUGUAACUUCUACAGGGAAAAGAUGUUUUAUACAUGGACAAUUCCAUUUCAGAAAUAAAUUUUUUACUGUUUGUUCAUUAUCGAAUGAUAGUGAACAAGCACAAUUGACCUAUUAGAGAUAUACUCUGUAAGUUGGUUUGUUAUGACUGAAAAUUAGGAUGAAUCAGUUUUUGGAGAAUCGUUUAGAGUUACAAGGGUCUGAGAAUAUAACGUGACUCCUAUGAGUAUGUUUCUUGUUGAAAGAUAUAUUAGGAACGAUUGGUUAUUGGAAUAAUUUUUGUAUUUGGAAAAAUGUUUAGGAAAAUAGAUAAAUAUAAUAAUAAAUGUUCCCGAUUUGUGUAAUAUAAAUUUUGUGGUGAAUAUCUGAAUCCCAUUGAAUCGACACAAAAUUAAUUUCAUUUCGAGCAUUGUAAAAACUGCCUUCCUCCCACAACAAAUGAAAUAAAUGUAUGAAACAUGUAACGAGAAUAAAUAAAGAAAA